GGCCGGCAGGUGUGGAUAAGGCCUUCGGCUUUCCUUUUCUGAAUUCUUUAUCCUUUUCAUCAACUCGCUGAUCGAAGAUGAUUUUAUUGUUUACGUUCAUUAAUUGUUUCAGAAUCCAUAAUUUUUAUGUUUAAAUUGUUGUCUGAUCUUCUUUGCCCAAUCUCUCUCCACUGUAUAAUCUCAGUUUCUGUUUCUGAUUUGCAUUUCCAUGGUGAUCUUCUUCCUCCAUUGAUAUAAGCAUCAUAUCCUCCCACUUAGCUUUCAACACGUUUUGGUUUAUUUCGGUUCAUACCUUUGGAUUUGAAUUACUCAGUCAUGUCAAUUGCUUUGGAGAGCAAUAGCAGGAUUCCGCCGUCCGUUUUCUCGCAAGGUGUCUUGCCGUCGUACUGCUCCGUCUUGAAUACGACGGGAGUUAUUCCGGUAGUUCGACGAGAGGCUGUUGUUGGUGAUGUGGUGGCGCCGGCGGAGGUGGUGGAUAGAUGUAGUUCGUCUUCAUCGUCGUCGAUCGGAGAAAAUAGUGAUUUCUCUGUUAGAUCGGUGAAUGAUGAUGAUGGAGAGGAUAAUGAGGCGGAAAGUUCGUAUAAAGAAUCUCUAGGAAUGGAAUCGUUGGAGGAAGUUUUGUCUAUCAGGAGAGGAAUUUCAAAUUUCUACAACGGAAAAUCGAAAUCGUUCACGAGCCUGGGAGACGCUUCCUCUACUUCGUCCAUAAAAGACAUAGCGAAACCUGAAAACGCCUUCUCUCGGAAACGGAGAAAUCUUCUUGCAUCUAAUCUAAUCGCCGGCGGCAUAUCGAAGCGGCCGAUCAUUAGUUCACGAGGAAGCUCGUUAGCGUUGGCCGUGUUCAUGAGCAGUUCUGAAAGGAAAAGCGGCGACGUCCUGAAUUCGAGAUUGUCUCCGACGAUUCGUCCUCCAUUGCACCCCAACGGACGAGCAUCUCGUAGCAAUUCAGGUUCCGCAGUUCCUCUUCUCUGUAAAUUUCCCACUUGGCGAUCAUACUCCUUGGCCAAUAUACAGUAGCGUAGGGUAAGAGUUUUCCAUGGCCCCAUGGAAGCGAAUCACCAUCAAGACUAACUUGACCUUUCAUCAAAUCGGCCUCUCCCAAAUAACUCGUCCUCGUUCAAAUUAUCAUCGAGCUUAAUUCUGCUGCAACUCUGUUUUGUUGUUGUUGUCGUUUUUUUUUUAAUUUUUUAUUUUAUGUAAAUUGAAAAGCAAAAAAGAAUAGCUGUUUGAUCAUCGAAUCAACGUCUGUUCGUUUAUAGAAUUUGCAUGGAAAAUGGAAAGAUCUGAGUUUCUUUUUCGGAUAAA